AUGAGUUUUACUACAAGUUUUUCUGACAUUUUUGAUAAUCAAAAAGGUGUUUUGCAAACUGGUUAUGUCCACAAUAACUUUUCAACCUUCUCAUUUACUAAUUAAAUAUAGAAUUAGUUUAAAUUAAAGGCUAAGGUUUAUUAGCGCAUCGAAAACAAUGGAACAACUUCUGUUCAUAAUAACGGUUUGCUUGAGCUUGAUUAUAAAAAUGAUGAGUGGAGAUUUUCAAAAAAAAUUGAUGUAAAUAGAAAUAUAUCUAUGAGAAUUGAUAAGCUCCUUUAACAAGAAUUUGUGAAAGGACAUACAAUUUUUGGUAAAUUUGAUAAAGAUUCUGACUCCUAAACUGAAUCAUAGCACAAUCCCUGCAUAGGUGUUUAUAAAAAUUUUGAUAAAUAUGCAUACAAGGCAAAAUUUAAUAUAGAAACAUUAGUUGCAUAACUUAAGGGUAAAGCAGUCUAUGAUAAGCAUAGCAGUGAAGAUAAAGAGUAAUAUGGUACUGGAGUUUCAGCAAGCUUUGAUUUCAAAUAAAACUUAUUUUCUAAUGCCAAGACUUUAGUCUAUUACAAUAGCUUGAAUACAUCAAUGAAUAUGCAAUACUAAAUGAAAAGAUUAUAAAGGGUCGAUGACCAUGAAGCUUCAAGCAGUUAAGGAGGAGAAAUCUACUAUACAUUCUUGUAUUCACUUUACUAAAAGUUAAAUGAUCAUUUAAGUAUUGCAGUUGAACUUAAUCAUGAUUCUAAUGAGAAAAAAUUCGGAAUGGUAUUUGGUGGAAAAUAUACAAAAUUUGAUAAUGUAAUUUGCCGUGCUAAAAUCGAUGAUAAAUUUAUCGUUAAUUCCUCCUUCGAAAUAGACAUCAACAAAAAUAUUAAAUUCACAAUAUCAAAUAUGAUUGAUUUGAGUCUAAGAAACAAAAAAGAUGCAACAACUACUUCUUCUCAUUAUAGCUUCCCUAUCGGUUUCUAACUUGAUAUCUAAUAGUGA